AUGCACGAGUUAUAUCAGAAUACGCGCGAGGAAUUAAUAAACAUCUGGAAGUUAGGACUCGCCGCCGUAUUAUCCGCCGCAAUCGGCCUCGAGAGAGAGCUCCAACACAAGAGUGCCGGACUUCGCACCAACACACUAGUUGGAAUCGGAUCUGCGCUAUUCAUGCUGAUAUCCAAGUCCGGCUUUUUUGACGUCCUCGACCAGUCUAUCGUGCUCGAUCCAUCCAGGAUGGCAGCUCAAAUUGUAUCUGGGAUAGGAUUCGUCGGGGGCGGGAUCAUAUUCAAACAGCAGAACGAAAUACGAGGCCUCACGACGGCCGCAGCCAUCUGGCUAAGUGCUGCAAUUGGUGCGGCAUGCGGAGCAGGUCUUCCAAUCCUGGCGUGUAUCACCAACGUGUUUUACUUUGUUGCUGUUCUGAUCUGUCCAUUUCUGUGGCGUUCGCUCGGGGGUCGGUUCCAUGCUCGUGAUGAAAUGGGGAUAUCAACUGUUAUACGGUAUCGAAAUCGAGAAGGAGGUCUGCAGGGGUUAUUGCAAGAGAUUCAGGAAGCUGGAUUUGAAGUUCGAUCGGUGGUGCGUUUGGAGCGAGUGGACACUCGGUUUCGAUUUUCGACUGUUGGAGAUCUCUCAGCAGAUGUAGAGACAGCCGAGGAUCAUAUAUUUGAUGCUUACCUUACAGUGCAUGGGAUGAAUUCGCUUACUGAGCUUUUCCAUGUUCUGUCUCACUUGGAGUAUGUGAUAUCGAUUACUGUGACCACGAGUCAAGCGAAUCUUUCAGGUGAAGUAUGA